AUGCCCGCUGCACCAAUCAUAGAUCACCCAACACGAGCGCCUCGUGCCUCUAAUCAAGGUGAUAUUAUCCAGAUCGCGCCUCAAAUAUUUAUCCCCGAUGUCCCGGCUGGUGGAUCGAAUGCGAUAUCAGACGAUGAUAUAUUGUGUAUGGAAGCAAUGGAUGAAUUUGAGGAUGACGAUCUAUUAUGUAUGAAAGCAAUGGACGAAUUUGAGGAUACAGGUUAG